CAAGACACAUCAAAAUUAUUAUUAUUGAUUGGAAGAUUCUUGAGAAGCUUAAAUUGUUGCCUUCUUGGCGGCUAAUAUCCACACCAACCCCUGUGAAUCGAAAGUCAUGUCUACAUCCUACCAAGAAGUUACAAGAUUUUGCACUUGUUGAAUGAAAAGAGACCAGGGGAAUCGGAUAUUUGAAUGAUGUCAUGUCGACGUUUCAGCUUCGUCAACGGCGGGUUCGUCAGAACGCCACAGCUCGAGAACGACGACGGUUGGCUGAAGUAAACCGUGCUUAUUCUAACCUUAGCAACCACGUUCCUCAACAUUUAUUGGGAAAUGCUACUAAGUUAGAGGUAUUACGAGGUGCGACUUGUUACAUUGAACUCUUAACCGUCAUUCUCUCCGCUGACGACAUCCAUCUCUAUCGAGAUCAUUUUGACAGUAAUGAGAGUCGAACAUCCACAUCAAUGAACUCGAUGGACCAGUGGGACAGAAAUAUAUUCUUUAAUCGUUCUACUUUCAGCCACUUUUUAGAAACUUUCAGAAACUGUUCAGUGAGGGAUUUCCAAUCAAUCGAAGCCCAAUCUACAACACAGUCAAGUAAGCAUCCUAGAUUAGUAGACCCCCAAAUCAUUCUAUUUUGGUCAGGAUAUGCUCUGUUGAGACUUUGUCUGUGUUUGCGGCAUCCUCUCCCUCGAUGUGUAGGAAGAUGACUGAAAAAAUAUCAGAAAAUGUUUAAA